AUGGCGGCGGCGGCGAGGAUCCUGGUCUUGCCCUCUCCCCGCUGCCUGUGGGACGAGCCGGUCCAGGUGAAAGUCGAGGGUCUGGGGCCGCUGCAGGAGGUGACGCUGCGAGCAUCCUUGGUGGACGAGAGCGGCGAGCUUUUCCAGUCGCUCGCCUACUACCGGGCGGGCAGCAGCGGCGAGCUGGACCUCAGCCGCUCGGCGUCACUGGGCGGCAGCUACUCCGGCGUGGAGCCCAUGGGGUUGCUGUGGUCGCUGGCAUCCCAGACGCCCUUCAAGCGCCUGGCCAAGAGGGACGUCCUCAGCCCUUUCCGCGUCACCUACGAGGUGCUGGACGGGCGCGGAGUCUCCGGGCGGCUCCUCGGCGAGUGCUGCAGCGAGAGGAGCUUUCUGGCCGACGGCGUGGAGAGGAUCCCGGUGCGAGAAGGCAGGCUCCGAGCCACCCUCUUCGUGCCACCCGGUGAGCGUCAUUCCUCCCCCCCCCCGAGGGUGACGAGGUUGCCACGCUCCUCGGAUGAGCAUUGAAUGGCUCACCUCGGAAGCGCGGGCACUUCCCUUCCUGCCCAUACAUAAUCGACGGAGAGAGCCUCGACCAGCUUCGGGAGUUCAUAGGAUGGUUGUAUUGGAUCCCAAGGGUCAUGCACUAAUCCUGCCCACAGCCACCUCUGGGUGGGCUCAAACCAACAACCUUCUGGUUAACAGUCAGAUGCACUAACCCACUGUGCCACCCUAUCUUGAGGCUUUGGACUUCUUCCCCAGAUGUUGUGAGGAUGGUGGGGAGGGAGACUGCCAAGUUCCACAGCUUCCUCACCUCUGCUCUACCCAAUAGAUUCAUUAAAUUUUAUUUGGGCAUUUGUAGCCCACUGCUCUAUGAUAAGUUCAAGGCAGCUUAUAAAGAAGAACUCACAGCAGAAAAAUAAAAUAGAGCGGAACACAACAAUAGUGCCAUAAACACAUCACCAUGAAAACUGCAUCGCUGUCAACAGCAGCAGUCUAAAAGCCUCCACUGAAAACAAGUUAUGGCAAGAAUAAUUGCUCCCACCAGUGACACUAAUAAUGGCAGUGGGACAGCGAGGAGAGCAGAUCCCUUGGGAAGAGGGGAUUCUUGAGUUGCACAAUACCAUACUCUGAUCAUAAGCCCAUUUUUUAUGAGUAAAUUCCUUUUCUAGGCCCUGGACCGUUCCCAGGACUCAUUGAUUUGUAUGGAAGUGGAGGAGGUCUUGUGGAAUACAGAGCCAGUCUUCUGGCAAGCCGAGGUUUUGCUACGCUGGCUGUUGCUUACAUGCACUUUGAGGAUUUGCCAACUUUCCCAGAGUUCUUUGAAGUGGACUAUUUUGGUGAGGCUGUAGAGUUCUUGCGGAAACAGCAGCAGGUAAGAGGCUUGCUAGAAUCACAGUUCUUUGGUGUUGUGUGCUGGCUGUUUUAUUUAAUUUAAUGCAUUUAUGCCAAAAGGCUCCCAGAGAGGCUUAAAAGAGGGCUUAAAAGAGUAUAAUUCAAGUACUAAGAGGGCUCCAUGUCCUCAAGUUCAUCAUUUAAAAAGACAAGACACAUGAGGAAAAGGGAGCAGGAGGGAAGAGGUAAAAUCCAGCUCAAGCACAAGUUCUCACAAGUUAUAAUUCUUACGACAUACUUAUUUAUUUCAACACUUAAUAUACUGUCUUCAGUAGAUGCCUGCAGUUAUAUGCCCCUUUCAGUUUCCAAUUCUCUUAAGAGCAGGGGGAGUGCUUUUUUCUUCAUUACUGCGUAGCGCUAAAUCCUUCUAACCAGUAGGCUUUUUAAAAGGGCGAUAAAACUGACAAACAUGCAGCUGACGGAAGUCCUUAUCCAACUGUUGUUUCAGGUGAGAGCUACAGCGAUUGGAGUCCUAGGACUUUCCAAAGGAGCAGAUCUUGCCCUUGCUCUAGCUACGUUUUGGCCAGGUAUCAGAGCGGCAGUCAGCAUUUCUGGCUCAGGUGUUAAUGCUUUUAUCCCCCUGCGAGUGAAGGGGCUCACUAUUCCUGCCUUUCCAUGGGACCUGGACAAGAUUAAGGACACCGGUGAUCCCGGAGUUGUGGAUUUCUCAGAAAUCAUGGCCGAUCCCAAAGACCCAGCUACCUGGCACUGCCGCAUCCCUGUGGAGACGUCCUUAGCCAACUUCCUUUUUCUGUCAGGGCAGGAUGACAAAAACUGGCCAAGUGAGUCGUUUUGUCGAGAAGCCGUUGGACACCUCAGGCGGAGUGGGCGCCGUGUGGAGUUCUAUUGCUACCCCGGGGCAGGGCACCUCUUAGAGCCCCCCUAUCUGCCUCUGUGCUAUUCCUCAUUUCACAGGCCGCUGGGAUUGCUCGUGGUCUGGGGAGGAAAAUGGAGAGAACAUGCAAAAGCACAGGAAGAUGCCUGGCAGAGGAUACUGGCUUUUUUCAGACAACACCUGCUGGAUUCCACUGUUAAAAGUAAUCUGUAGACUGUGGUUUUGUACAUGUGUGAAGGAGCUGGUUCUUAAUGUGCACAUCCCACUUGAGAUGUCGAGAACAGGUGCGACGCCUACCUGUUCAGCCAUGACCAGGUACCCUAGUAAUGCGCAACAGACCUCAGCCAAGGGAAUUGGUGAAAGCACAUUUCCCUCAAUGGCUCUUCCAGAAACUGACUGUGGCAGUUAUAAGCCCCUUUCAGUUUCCAAUUCUCUUAAGAGCAGGGGGAGUGCUUUUUUCUUCAUUACCACGUAGCGAUACUAUGAGCACUUUGUCAGGAUAUAAGUGUAAUGAGUGUGAUCUAUUCAGCUUCAACUUAGAACUCAGUUUUGAAAUAACUUGUCAUUUUGCAGCCAAACAAAGACAUGACAAGUUUACCAGCGCACUAGUGCCCUGGUCAUGUGGCAGAGAAAGGUCAUACCUAGCACACCCGCAGGGGUGUAUCCUCCAUUCACCUGGCCGCUUCAUUUCCUCCUGUCUCAUGCCAUCAAAAAGGUCUUUGAAAGAAAUCAAUCUCUUUACUCAUAUCAAGCCAGACCUUCUUGUGAACCCUACCACUUAGCAAAAUUUUGAGAAAGCCUGUUAAAUUUACACACCUGUUGCUUUCCUUACAUCUAAAUACAUUUAUUAUAUUUCAGAUCAACCUUAAUUAAUUAAUCAGUACAUUAAUAUGCAUGUAGCAUCCAUACACCUUGUUGGUACCUGGUAAGAGAAUGGCUUGACAGAGAGAUCUGUUCAGCGAAAGGGAGUGGUGAUAAUGCAAUGCAUUAUUGCUGGCUGAGGCUCGAUGAGAAAAUUUUCCUGAUAUGACAAUAAAAAAGUCAAUAGAAUAAAUGGUGCAGAGGAUGGCAUUUGGUAGGGCACGUUAAUAGUUCAAUCUGAUACCUGUCUUCUCAGAAGUAAGCCCCAUGGAGUUCAAUUAGAUGUAUUCCCAGAUAAGUAUGUAUUCGAUUGGAGUCUAGGAAUACAAAACAGUAGCUAAUCUAGAAAAUCAUUUUAGGAGAAAAGUGAACAACACCGAUAAACGGAGAAGUCAUCAAACUAUGGUACAAAUUACCAACAAUAAACAUGAUUUCCUCUUGUUUCAGUGUAGUCGUUUGUUUUAGAAAUAAAUAAAGAGUAACUACACUGCCGAGACUAUUUAUAAAACUAACAGAAGGCUAGUGUGGUGUAAUGGCUGGUUUGGGAUUAUAGACUUUAUGGUGCCCUGUUUUAGCCACUGCUACAUCUGGAGAAUAAUAUUCCUCUUAACUUUAAGUGAAAUCCUAUGCAUGUCAACUCAGAUGUAAGUCUUGGAGGAGGAGUCCAAGAACCUGCACUCCUCCAGAUGUUGCUGAACUUCAGCCAGGGGUAAUGGGAGCAGGAUUGUAAUACCUGGAGACCACAGCCACGUUCUCCACUUCUGGUUUAGCCUGUACUUUGAUUUUUUGGCAGAGAAAGUAUAAUCAUGUUUACCAUCCACAUUUACCAAUCCAUUUAUCUGUAGUGCGUGAAAAUUGCCGCACUCUUGAAUUAUGUCACUGUUCUUCCUUUGCUUUGUAUAGCUCUAUUCAUUAAGCAAUUUGUAAUGAUAACGUUUCUUUAUAUGUAAUUAAAAGUGGAAAGAGCUGUCUCCACAGGGAUUUUGUGAAGUUUAAUGUGAUAUUGCUGCUUCUGAAAGAUUUUUGUAAAUCCCCUAGAGUUGGGGUGUGUGUAUAAUGAGAGAGUAUAAAUAAAGAAUCUAAAACUAUGUUCAGAGAGCUCUUUUAUAUAUAUAGCAUGCAUUACCCCUGUGAAUGUUUUUAACACUGUAUAAAUGUUGAACCCUUCUUUUCUGAUUCCUCCAAAGCGUAUGGGAAAUUGCAGAUUAAACAUUAACUUGAAACUGAGUUCUGCCAAGAAGUUUGCUUACUUAAAACAAAACCAUCAGGAUCAGUUAUUAAACUAACACCCCCUUCCUGUUCCAGUUAUAUGUAGGAGUAUUAAAGUGCAUUAUUCUUAUUCUCUUUAAACUCACACAUUUUAUAUGUCAAAAGCUGACAUAGCACCUGCUUUUGACAUGAGUACAACAUCCUUAGAGGAUCCUGCUAUGGAUUUUAACCAGAUCUGGGCCAUUCAUUCCACUCAAAGUUUUGAACUGAUCAUCAGCUUGGCCGUUCAAGGAAGUGGCAAUGUAUGAAAUGGCCAGUUUAUGCCAUUUGCCCUUUCCCUUAAGUGAAUGAACUAAAAACACUUCCGCUUGCAAACUGAUGUUCUCUCAUGUAUUUGAAGCUAAAAUCUAGGCUUGCCCCAAACACACAGUAGGAGUGAGUUGUUAAAUUGCUGGAUGUUCACAGGGUGUGUGUGUUUAAAAUCUGUUCAAGUAUAAAACUAGCAAAGCAGAGAAUGGAUUUUUCUCCAUAGUGUGCUACAUUUUGUAUAUUCAUAAAGACUUUUGUGGGAAAAGAUUGAAGAACUGUAGUGGUACAGUCUACUCUCCCAGCAUAGGACUCUGCUUGUGUCAACCACACCUUAAUGUCAAGACAUGUAUCUUGGGUGUAUUUAAGGGAAAUGAGCACCCAUUCAAAAAAAUAAGAUGUGAGAAAAAGAAUGGCAUUUCUUACUCUGAAGAGUCACAAAUAAGGUGGAGCUUGGGAUGUGUAUAUAAUAUCUCACUAGCUCUUUGGCACCAGUCAUUUUCUUUAAUAAAAAAAAAGAAGGAAGUUAGGAGGGUACCUAACACAGCAGAAUACUUGGAUUCCUGCCCAUCACUACUGCCUCUCAUCUAUGCAAUGGACAUUCUAAUGCCUAAGGUAAUCAAAUAUUAAUCAAAUAUUUUAACUCUUUACUAGUGCUGGACAUGAUUUUCCUUACUGCAGAGGAAACACAAUACUUGACAAGCUGAAUUUCCACAACACGUAAGUGGCCAUGUAAGAUUUUUAGUGUAGCAGAUUGAGGGGUGUGUAUAACCCCCCUCCCCAAAAAAAACCCCCAGAAGCUUUUCUUUUGGGAAUUAUAGGGAAAGAACUACCUAAAUUGUAUAGAAAUUUAUUUACAUAUGCUACUACAGCAGCAAGAAUGUUACUUGCCCCAAAAUGGAAAGAAGCAGAAGUCCCAGCAAAUGAAGAAUGGAUACAAAAACUUAUGGAAUAUGCAGAAAUGGCGAAACUUACCGGAAGAAUAAGAAAUCAAGAUAACAAACUUUUUAUAAAGGAAUGGAAAAUGUUUAUUGAAUAUUUACAGAUAAAUUGUAAAUAGAUGAAAACAUUAGCUGGAUUAUUGUAAUAACCUGCAGUUUUAUAAGAGUAUAUAUUUACAGUAGAUAAUUAAAUGAGAAAGUUAAAUGAAUUUGAAUAUGUAGAAGAUAUUAAAAAUACAUAUAAGGAACCAGAGAAAGAGGGGAAAGGAAGUCAAGUUUUGAAAUUUUAAAUGGAUUGUAAAACUAAUGAAAUGUAUAAAUAAAAAACUAAAGAAAAAGAAGAAUCAGAAACAAGUAAGGGCACCUGACUUUAGAAGAGAUGAAUUAAUUUAAAUAUAUUUUCAAGAGAGUGAUAUUAGAAUAUAUAAUUGUUGAUCUAAAUGCCAUCAAACGCUGCCCAGUAUUAAUGAAGUCACAAAAUAUUUCUCAUGAUCAAAAGUCCAAAUUUAGUGAAAUGUAGAACAGCAAGACCAUAUGGACGGCAAUCUUCUUACCAAUGCUCUUCAUAAAGACCAAACCAAUGGAAUGAUGGAAGCUACAAAUCAAUUCAGCCUCAUAGACGCUGUCCCGUUGCUGCCUUUGGUCACAGUACUAUCCUGAGUCACGUAUAUGUCUUCAGACCAUGAGCAAACUUGCAGAAACACGUUCAGGUGCCUACAAAUCAUUUGAAAAUGGAUCACAUGUCAUCUGAUAAACCUUGAGCUGGGCGCUCCUUCGAGAAAAUCAAAAGAAUAAGAACGGAUGAAGAAUUUGAAAUCAGUGACGAGAAAGUGACCAGGUGUAGUGGCAUGACAGAAAUGUGGUAUUUGUUACGGGUCACAUGGAUGCUUGUUCUGAAAUUAAUACUUCAAUGGAGAAUAUAACAAAAUGCAUACUAUAUAAUUAGUGACCAACACAAGAAAGCCACUGAUAGAAGGAAUUGGUGUGACUUAAAGAACUCAAUGCUAAUUAGAUUAAGUGCUUUUGAAGAGAAUUCUCAAUUAAGGAACAUGGUCAAUAACAGCUAAUAUUGAAAUGACAAAGGAAGAUGGAAAUGGAAGCUAUGAGAGAGAAGUGUGUAAUUAAAUAUUUUUAUAGGUGAUUUUAAUAAUCACAGCUUUUUUGGGGGGGGAGGGGAAGUAUCCAAAUAUUUUUACAAUAGUAAUGUUUCUGGACCAGAGUAAGGAAGACUCAGUCAUAGUUCUGUAUUUUUUUUUCUGUACAAUGAUAGGAAUUUCAGAUAUCUUUAUUUUUAACUAGGGGGAAUGGUCAAUCUAUCCUUCUACUGAAAUGACUAAUAUUUUGUUUUUUGAUGUAAGUACCCAAGUUGCACAAUUAAUUCAGCAACAUUUGUUUUCUGUAAAGGUUGAAACAUUUCCAUUCUACCUGCUCUCUGUGAAAGUCAUCCAGGCUCGACACAUACCUUCAAGAGACCUAUGUGAGUGAGUUGUUAAAUCCAUUGCAUUGCAUUUACCUUGAGUUUUAUGGGAGUCCAGAACCUCUAUAACAAGAAUGUACACUGUCCUGCAUCUCUUUCAGUAUGUUGUCUUUUGAAGGUUCUUCAAAGUGUUGGAUAGAAGACUGGGAAACCUGUAUUUUCCCCUCUGCAGAAAAGCCUACAAAACCCUAUUAUUACCUAAUGAUAAUAAAGCACGAAAUAAUGAUUAUUGAUGCGGUUUUGUUUUGCUCUAGGGACUUCUUCUGAUUGUUAUGUGAGCCUUCGGCUGCCAUCAGCUUCAAAUAAACAAAUGAUGACGAAAGUAAUCUCAAACGCCAGUAAUCCUGUUUGGAAUGAAAGCUUCCAUUUCUUUAUCCAACCUGAGGCCAAGGUAGGCAGCUAUUAAACUAGAAUACUCUUGGUGAUUGGUUUCUGUGAAUUUGAAGUGUGUGGUAAAUGGAAAGCAGAGAGGAAGUGCAAGCAUUCAGUGCUGAGGCCUCACACAUUUAAGGUUUCAAGGGCAGAAUUUCAAAAGCAGAGAACAUUCUGGAGAUGUGCUUUCUGGCUUAAGAGAUAUCCAUUACGUUCUGUGGGACUGGCAUGUUCUGGAAGAAAUGGCCACUCCUUAAAAUAACAUACAAUUGGAAAGUCUGCCCUAUCCUCAACAGCAUGCUGUGAAAUGGAGUUAUAUGCCUUCUCUCAUGCCUUUCCUAUCUGUGCUCAGAAUGUGCUGGAACUGAGGCUCUACGAUGAAGACAUGGUCACCAAAGAUGAUCUCAUCUUCAUGGUUGCCUACGAUAUUGCUAAAGUGAGACCAGGGGAAACUAUUUGUGAAGACUUACUUUUGAACCGUCAGGUGAGAAUUGACACAACAUAUCCUUUAUUUAUGUAUUUGGGGCCUUUAUCACCAAAAGGUCCCAGAGCCAGUUACACAAUAGUAAAAAAAAAAAAAGUGCAGCAUAUGAAUAGUAUUAAUUAGGAAGACAGCUGAAAUUGCAUCAUCUUUAUCUUCCAUUCAUUUUAAUUUACCUUAUUCGUUUUCUGGGUGGCCUGCAGUGAGGGAGAGUAAUCUGAAUUGAUAGCUUAAUCUAGGCACAUAGGAAGCUGCCUUAUACAGAGUCAGACCAUUGGUCCAUCUAGCUCAGUAUUAGCUUCACUUUUGCAUGCAAAAAAAUGAGUUACAACCCUUUCUUACUUAAUUAGAGGGCAGUAAUUAGGAAAACUGUACAGUUUUAUGACACUGCUAUGACACAUGCAGCUAGUGUCAAUCGUGAUAAUUUUCUUCCCUUUCCAAAAAUGCAUUUCAUAGGCUGCUUCAUUUUGAGUUGCUGAAAAGCAGUCUUUGGCUACUCUUCCACCUUAGUUCUGGGAACAGUUGUUCAAGUGGAGUUUUCUGUGAGGGUUUGCCUUGGAGGGUUGUAUCACUUGGCCUAUUUGACAGACAGAAGCAUCCCGUGGGAAAAAGGGGCUGAUGCAGUGAGCAAGUAUAAUUUAUUCAGGCUAGCGUACAAUUAAAACAGUUGUUCCCUCAGGUAACAAGUGGUAAACUCUGUGUGGGCUGGUCUCAGAUGCCAUCGUUUCUUUUUUGUUCUUUCCCCUAUAGGGACCAGAGAGCCUUGAAGUAGAAUUCAAGAUGGAGAGCAUGUGAGUAAAUUUGUUCUGAUUAUAAAAUGGAGUUAAUAGACAUUAUCUCAAUUGGAAGCUAUCAAUCAAUCAAUCAAUCAAUCAAUCAAUCAAUACCUGGGCUCAUCCACCCUUCUAAUAUAAUUUUUUUUAUUUCUAUGUGUUUGCAGUUUGACAUACUAUUAGAACGCAGGAACAUAGGGAGCCACCUAAUACCAAGUCCAGUUAGAUCAGUGGCUCUCCAGGACUGAUGCCGAUUCCACCUGCCCCCCCCCCAGCUUGUCUGCACAGUAUUUUUUUCUUCAGCUUCUGUCACAGUGUCAAAACCACUCACAAAGUAUAAUUUUUAGGUUCUUGCUGAGGUGUUGUGUACGCCUGGUUGGAUUGCAAGUUAUGAAGGCCUAGUCUAUUACGUUAAACAGCAAAUGCUGAUUCUCCCGAGGGACGAAUAAAACUCAACGGAUGAAUGUAUUGGAAGGUUGAUUCAAAAUUAGGCUUCAGGAUAUUUAACUACGUGUUAAAAAUGUAACAUGCAUUUUGUUGCUGAAUGUUUUUAUAUUUUUCCCAGAUGUGGGGGCUUUGAGAGCAUUGCUACUAAUGGCAUCCUUAUGGUAAGACCCAUUGCCUAUUAACUAUUAACUAACUAUCAGCAUCUUUCUUAUAUUCUUCUUCUUAAUAUUGUAAUUUAUUACCCGCCCUUCACUCCAGGGUCCCAGGGCAGGUUGCAAUAAUUAAAAUAACUGAAGCAUGAAACCACUGAGGGGGGUUUGGAUUACAGUGGUACCUCUGGUUACAAACUUAAUUCGUUCCGGAGGUCUGUUCUUAACCUGAAACCAUUCUUAACCUGAGGUACCACUUUAGCUAAUGGGGCCUCCUGCUGCCGCCGUGCAAUUUCUGUUCUCAUCCUGAGGUAAAGUUCUUAACCCGAGGUACUACUUCCGGGUUAGCAGAGUCUGUAACCCGAAGUCUCUGUAACCUGAGGUGUUUGUAACCCGAGGUACCACUGUACUUUGUCAGCAGUAUGCUGAUGACACACAGCUCCACUUUUCCUUUACAUCUUUCAUUUGCCCCUGAAAGGGCAGGUAAUGGGGAGGGGGGAUACUUUUGGAUCCAUUGCUGUUGCUAGAGAUUGCCUCAGUGGCAUGGGCUGCGGAAGGCUAUAUACCUCAACUGUAGGGGGUUAUUGUUUUUCUUUGCCAUUAUGGUAUGUAUUUUUGUGUUUUGUAAACUGCCCUGUAAUCUUCAGAUGAAGGGUGGUAUGGAAACAACAACAACAGCCAACAAGCAACAACCACAACUUAAAAUUACAGAAAUAAGGAGGGUCCUAUAGGAGCAACGUAGUUGCAAACGAGAAACAAUCUGUAUGAUAUACUAGUCUUUGUCAAAUGUCUGAGGGUGGAUCUAAACACAGCGGAAAAAACCCGCUAUAAGUAAGUCAGAAAUUAGAUUGUUUUAACAAAAGAAAAAAAAUUUCUAUGGAAAGCCAUGUUUUAAAAUUUCCUGCUCUCUGGCGCCAUCUGGUGUUGCAUGUUUAUUGCGCAUUCAAAUCGUUGUUUCUUUACUAAUGUAGCUGAGUCCUGAGAUAGUCAUUCCAAGCAAAUAAUUAAUUGUGAAAUGGUCCUGUACUGUAGAAUAAACGGAAAUACUUUAGCAGAGCAACAGUGCCUUUGAAGAUCAGGAAAAAAUAGUCCUGGGCAGAUCACAGUCUUUUCAACCUCCAUUACAUGUCUUUAUAAAGUGGGAAUUAUGUAUGACACAGACCUUUUCCAAGUUCAGUGAUGAAAAGGAAUUUUGCACAUAAAAAAUGCUGUGAUUAUAUAAAGUCUUAUGAUUAUUUUUUAAUGAAAGUACACCUUAAAGAAACUGUGGGAGGGCAGGUUUUGGAGCAGACUGCAGGUGUUGGUGGAAGUUUUGAACAAGAGCAGGAAGAUUUGCAAGCCUAGCUAUGGAGUAGAGUCGGCCUGAAUUCUAGGGUUGCCAUAAAAAUCAGGACAACCAGAAACUUGUUGAGCUUGAAAACCUGAAACUUUGGACUUUGUUUUGCUAAGUGCGCCUCACUUUGUAAGCCAAGCAGAAAGAGCAUGGAGAUUAUUAAUGAACAGUGCCACACAGAAUAGAGCCAAACAGAAAUAAUACGGAAAACAUUAACUAAUGUAGUUGCUUAUAACCUGUCAUGUUUGAUUCCAGGUUAAAAUUGAAAAGAAAAAUACAGGAAUCUUCCAGGAUCAGAAUAGGCAAAAGGAACAUUAUAGGUUACGUUUGGAUGGCAAAGUCCACGUUUUGAGGUUCUGCUUUGUUUUUUACUAGAACAUUAAGGUCUACUAACAAGAUGCAAGUGCAAGACAGUGGUGAUGGUGUGGGUGCGUGGGGGUGGGGCAACAUAGAAUUAAGGAACAAACUGUCCCUGAGCAUAGGUUCAGCCCAGGAAUUUGUUUUCAGUACCAGAACUGAGCGCAAAGAUCCGAGUCACACAAUAAUCAACUUCUUGUUUCAUCCUCCCCAAACGUUAUUCAUCUCGGCAACCUAAUUUAGAAGUGGAGAAAAGCCUUUUCGUUGCUGUAAUUGUUAAAUGAUUGGGAAUCAGAAACCCUUGGUUAUGUGCUGCAAACCAUUUAGAUAUGUACCUUUUUACCUUUUACCUACCUUCCAUCCGCCACCUACUCCUUAAGACUCCCCUUAAAAGGAGUUACUGUUGUUAUUUAGAUCAUUUGUAUACCACUUAACAAAUAAAGUAUGUUUAAGCAAUAUGCAACCAAUUAAAAGAACCCAUGCAUAUUACAAAGGUAUGCAAUAAAAUCACCAAUGGAAUGCACCAAUAAAUAUAUACUGAUGUUAGUACUGAAACUGAGUACUAAUGGUAACCCCUUCUCCUUCUAACAUGCCUUCUGAACACCUCUUAGCUCUCACCCAGAAUUCCACCUUGGCUCUGACUCAGGGACCAAACAAAUGGAACCCUGAAAUCUCUCAGAACAAAGCAGCUGAGCACUCUUGUGUUUAUGGUCAGGCACCAAGAUCUGAUGGAGUUGCCCACAGCUGUGUCCUCUUCAGAACUCUGCACACCCCACACACCCAGGACUCAGCUACACAGCUGCAAAUAAAAUGUUUUAAAUAAUAAUUUAUUAUUUCUACCCUGCCCAUCUGGCUGGAUUUCUCCAGCCACUCCAGGUGGCUUCCAACAAAAGAUGUGUUGUAAAGUGCAUUAUACACAUGUGACAUUAGAUGACAACAGUGAGCUAUGUAAAAUUCAAUGUAAUUUUCAAAGUGUUUGAAAACAAAGCAUUUUCACAGCGUUUUUUUUAUUUUAUAUGUGUGUAGAUUCCACCCCUCUGUUUCAGACUACAGCAGGCUUAGUGAAUUCAACCUUCUAUGAUUGUUAUGUUUUCUUCCCAGGCCCGUGAGGUUUCACGUUUAGACAUUAAGAUGGACAAGUGGAAGAAUGAGGAGUGUUUGAAAAGUGAGUCCCAUUCUUGUGAAUUUGUUAAGUAGACAACCAAAGAGCGAUCUCCACUGAAGCCUCUUUUCAAUUGUAAGGCGUAACUGUACUGGUAGUUUUCGUAAAUGCAAUUGCUGCUGUAUCUCUCUUGCUUAUACAGUGGUAUCUUGGGGUAAGUACUUAAUUUAUUCCGGAGGUCCAUUCUUAACCUGAAACUGUUCUUAACCUGAAGCACCACUUUAGCUAAUAGGGCCUCUUGCUGCCGCCGCGCCGCCGCAGCACGAUUUCUGUUCUCAUCCUGAAGCAAAGUUCUUAACCCGAGGUACUAUUUCUGAGUUAGCGGAGUCUGUAACCUGAAGCAUAUGUAACCCGAAGCGUAUGUAACCCAAGGUACCACUGUAAUGCCAUGACAUGGUGCACGCAACUGCAAAGUACAGUAAAAGUGGGAUGGUCAACUGUCUCUCUCUCUCUCUCUCUGUGUGUGUGUGUAGGGAGGACAGAGGGUAUCAGUUUGUCUGUCUGUCAAGCAGGAACACUUGUUCAAAAACAAAAUGACUAGAAGAGCAUGACAGUGAAUUCCACCAUUUGUUUUCAGCCUGUCUUGUACCAUUUUGUUGCAUUGUUUAAAAUUAUUUUCAUAUGAAAGCCAGUGUGGUAUAGCAGUUAAGAGUGUUGAACAAGGACCUAGGAGACCAAGAACUUGGGCCAUUAAUUAUCUCUGUCUUGUUGUGAGGAUAAAUUGAGGUUGCAGGCAGGGACAAACCAUGUACACUGCUUUGAGCUCCAUGGGGGAAAGGAUAUACAGUAAAGUAGUACUGUAUAUCUUCAGUACACCUUUGUACUGUAUAUUCUUUAGUACACGUUUGCACUGAAGAAGGGAGGUAAAGAAAUAUUUUAACUAAAAUAAUUCUUUCUCCUAGACAAUAAAAAUAUUGAACUUGUGGUGAAGGAAUCCUUUGAAGAAGCACAGGCGAUCACCCAGGAGUCAGAAAGCUUCACAUUUCACUGUGUGAAGAACUGGGAGCCAAAACUGGAGGCCAGUACGAAGGUAACACUUUGCUUACCAAGGACAGCUUUCCUCAGUGUACCUGCAGGGGCAGAUUAACUAAUGCACUAAAGGACCAUUACAGAGUAGCUUGCUGAGAAAUUGGACCCUUGGUGUGCUUUAAUAAAUAAAGAAUCUAUCCACAUAAUGCUGACACAAAAACUCUGCAUACACUAUGCAAAAGAAUUAAAUAUCAUUAUCCCCCCCUUCUCUCAUCCUCCUCUCUCUCCCCACUUCUCUCUCCCCACAACCUCACAAUGCCCAUGACAGCAGUGUUUCACACAGAAUGUAAUUGACCUGUAGAAAGGACUCUAUGAAUUGAAAUAGAGAUGUUAUAUGUACAGUACCUUUGUUAUACAUGAAUAUCUUUUAAUAAAAACAUUUUUUUAAUGUCCUUGCUGGCAGAGUGUGCUUUUCCUGUUCUCCCAUAUAGUAAGGGCCAAACAGUGAGGGAUUCAUAUGUAGAACAGGCAGCAGUGUUGAAAUCAGUCAGUAUCUAGAGCCUCAAAUGUGUCUCAUUUUGCUUCCUUUGCGAUGUGUGCUAGAGUGUGUCUACAUUCUUGUGAUUCGUUUUAGGGUAAUUCCUUUGUGGGGAAAUGGCUUGGAGAUGCUACUACUGAUUGUCCAAGUGUGUUGCUGAAAUCCCUCCCUGCAGGAGAGGAAACAAAAGUAGCCUUGCCUUUAUCAAAGGUAUGUGGCUUCAUCUUUUUCAUAGAAUCAUUUAAUUGUAGAGUUGGAAGAGACCAGAGCAGUCCUCUAAUUCAACCCUCUGCAAUGCAGAAAUCUUUUGCCCAACCCACGACCCUGAGUUUAAGAGUUUCAUAAUCUACCAACUGAGCUGUCCUGUCGAGUUUCAAGUGUGAUAGAAGUAAUUUCUUGGCACAGAAGAGAAGAAGGAAGUAGUUCUUUGCCAAUAAAACCACACAUUAGUUCUGAAAUUUAACAGGGGAUUUGUAAAUUCAUUGUUCCUUUCAAAGAAUGUUAUCCUUGUGUCCAUAUCAGGAUUUAAUUGUUUGUAUUUUAGAUUACUAAGUUUGAAUGUUUUUGCCCUUGUCAAAGCUCUACUUUGUGUUCCAUAUCCAGAACUUUUAUAAACAGAAAACAGUCUAGUGGCUAAGAAAUAAUCUUUCAGUUACCUAGAUUUUGGGAUGGUGUAUGCCUCUUCCACUGCUCUUAAGAGACCCACAAGUGCCAUGCUUGGAAAUGUUUAUGAAAAUGAAACCCUGGGAUUGGUAAUAAACAAUCUACGGUGUUAUAUUUAUGAACAUUACACAGUGCAUUUGCUUAGCACCUUAACAUAGGUAAACUCAACUUCUUCAUUUUCAGGAUGCAGAAUUGGAGUUGCAGCUCCAGGUCAAUGACUGGUGAGAAAUUAUUAUUUAUUAUUAUAUUAAAAUCAAAUCAAAUAAGAAAUUCUUGUCUGUUCAGCUUGGCUCUGUAUAGUGGUAAAAACUUCCAGCUCAGUCCAGCAAAUCACAUACUCAUGCACUUCACUUUAAGAAAGCCCAAUAAUUAGUUGGAACAAAUACUAUUCAUAUCAUAUCCUUCUACAUCCGCCAGAGACUAUCCAAUGUUAUAGCAUAGCAAUGAUGGUAAUGAGAGAUGCAGAGUCUGUUCCUUUCUUACCUUCAUUUUUGGCACAUUUUAGUCCUUGUCUGAGUACCAGGCCACCUUCAUGUUUUAAAAUCUCACAACAAUGAUAAAACACACAAAAAAAUCUACUGCACAAAGUUCUCAGUUUCAAAUUACAUAGCUGCACAGCACUGCUUUCUACCUCCAUAUGUCAGGUGACAAAGGGAGGUGCAUUUCUUUCUUUUUAUUCCAGUUUAGGAGAUUUAGAUGUGCGUUUGGGAUGUGAUCUCUGUGGGGCUGAGCAGGACUUCCUGUCUAAGCGCAAGAAUGUGGUUGCCAGUGCUCUAAAAAAGGUUCUUCUGCUGGAGCAGGAGCUGCAAGGACAUGAGGUACAUGUGCUUCAUUUUGUGACCCAAAGCUACUCAUGUUAGUGCAAAAAUAUAUAAAUAGCAGUUUAUUUAGUGUGGGUAUUGCAGAGAAGCUGCUUUGUUGAGAGAAAUCAACUGUAGCAACACAUUGUUGAAGGAAAAUAGAGUCAACAGAUAAGAGGACCCACAGAAAAGCAGACGCUCUUAAAUGCAUUUUCUCUGAUAGACAUCCCCUGAGGAGAAAAAAAGAGUAAGCUUCAAAUGUGUGCUUUUUGUAAUAAAUACCUUUUAUUCUUUGAACUGGUAUUCUCUCUCCCCCUCCACCCCCUGGAAAGAAAGUGUUAUGGCCUACUGACAUUGGAUACAGGUUAUGUGGGAUGGCUAAGAGAGAAAAUAUUAAUUACAAUUUAUAUCUCCAGUUUGCCACGUGUGUGGGUUAAGCAGAGCAUUAAAAUCCCAUCCUUCAUAAUGAAAAUAGAAGCUUUGGAACUAGGUUGAGGGGCCUUUCCUUUUCUGAGCAAUUCCCCUUGGUUUCCCUCUCUAUAAAAGAGUCAGGCAACAAACAGCUUACAAAGUAAGCUUAACAGUCUUGCACUGGACCACGGCAACGAUAGUAGGAAAGCUAUGCAGGACAAAAUUCUUCUAGGUUUCAAAAUACAUGGUUGAUUAGCGCACACAGACAUGCAUCUGCAUCGAAGGUGAGGAAAGGAGUGAGAGAGAGGCUGUAGGAAGGAGAAAGAAUUAAAAAUCUAUUUUUCAUCCCAUCGCAGGAAACAGGGGAAAUGACAUCACACAGAGCUCUCUCUGCACCAUUUACAGUGGACGCUCGGGUUGCGAAUGUGAUCCGUGUGGGAGGCACGUUUGCAACCCGCAGCGUCCACAGCCUGCAGCGCCGUGUCUGCGCACACGCAGGUUGCAAUUCGGUGCUUCUGCGCAUGUGCAAAGCACCAAAACCCGGAAGUAACCUGUUCCGGUACUUCCGGGUUUCGGCGCUUCUGUAUCCCGAAAACGCUCAACCUGAAGCAUCUAUAACCCGAGGUAUGACUGUAUAUUCCUAUGAUAUGGACCUGCCUAUCUAGCAAUACAGCUCUGUGGUCGCUUACCCCUAGACUUACUAAUAUUUAGAUAUUUGACUGGUAAUCCCGAACAAGUUAGGCACAGUUACUGGUAUUUCCUGUUUACUCCAUCCUGUUUGUGCCACAGGUCCCAGUGAUAGCUGUCAUGGCAACAGGAGGAGGAGCCAGAGCAAUGUCAGCUUUUUAUGGACACCUCUCUGCCCUUCAGAAGCUGAAUCUUCUAGACUGCGUGACAUACCUCUCUGGAGCAUCUGGCGCAACAUGGUAAUGUGAAUUAGCAUUGUGAAAAAUAGCAGCUGCUGGAGAGGCCUGGUCAGAUUUGAGGUUGCUGCACAUGUGGAAGGGUUUUAAAAAAAAUAUUUAUCGCCAACAGUAGCUUCAAUAACAACUUCUGUCCGAUGGCAAAUGUCAGCUUCAGGGAGAGAAACAAUUGUACAGUACAGUGGUACCUUGGUUCUCGAACUUAAUCCAUUCUGGGAGUCUGUUCGACUCCUGAAACAGUUCAAAAAGCAAGCUGUGGAUUCCGAUUGGCUGCAGGAGCUUCCUGCACUCAAUCAGAAGCCGCAGAAGCCUCAUCAGAUGUUCGGCUUCCAAAAAAGUUUGCAAAGUGGAACACUCACUUCCAGGUUUGCGGCAUUCAGGAGCCAAAACAUCCGAGUAUCAAGGCGUUUGAGAACCAAGGUACGACUGUAUUAGGCACCAUGGUGCAGGGUUGGGGAAAGCGUUCAUCCCUCUCCCUGUGUGCCAUAGUCUAAAACCUGACUAGGCCCUCCCCCGGUUUCUUUUUAAAGCAUCCCUUCCAAAUCGAACAUGUAAUCUACAUUCAUGUAAUCUACAAUAUACUUUUGGGCCCUAUACAUAUGAGGGUAGAUUUUGUGAGUGUAAUUUACAAGGCAGUUUAAAUUAUAGUGUUGCCCUGUUCUGAAGGUGUUAUUUUUUCUGUAGGACAAUGAGAAGUUUGUAUGAAGAUGCUGACUGGUCUCAAAAGGACCUGAUGGGUCCAAUCCACAGAGCACAGGAAUAUAUUGCUAGGAGCAAGUCAAGUGCUUUCUCCUUGGAGGCCCUACAGCGCUAUGAUGUGGAGCUAAGGCAGAGAGCUCGAGAGGGGCACUCGGUUUAUUUUACUGAUGUAUGGUCCCUUAUAAUUGACCGCAUGUUCCAUGACGAGGUAUGUGUUCCAAAGACCCUCUUACCCUAAGGAUGUUAAGUGUCUUCAUCUUUCCUUCCAGACAUUGCUUAGACAGACGGAGACCCCCCAAGGCCCAGGCAACCCCCAGGAGGUAUAAUGACACCUGACAACGUGUUAUGGGAUUGAAAUUGGUCACCUUUAUUAAAUUCUCAGAUGUAGGAAGACCUUGGCUUAGGCAUUGGGCAUUUAUCCCUCCCAGUCCCCAACCGGGGAUCUGGGGAACAUCAGGGUUAUCCAAAGUGUGGGGGGAUUGGGCUGACUCUGGAGAACGUCUGUUCAAGCAGAGAGCCUGUCCCCCAUUUCAGCGCGUAGCAGAGAGCACUGACAACCCAUUGGUGUAUGGCCAGUGCCUCCCCUCAAAAUAACCCCUUUAAUGGGAACCCUGGGAUCGCCACUGCAGGGGGGGGUCACCGCUUCACCCCCCCCAUUGAGGGAAGAUAGACUAAAGGAUUCCACCCAAGGCCUACAAACCGCCAAAGUUGUGACGUUUUGCUAUGGCGAAGGUGAAACCUGCCAAUGCAGGGACAUUCCUUCCCGGUCCCUCAAUGGCGACCAUCUAGGACCGCAGCAGUGCCUGCAUAGCUGUAAAGAAGAAGGUUAAACUGCGAAAGAAGGCAUAAAUUGAGGGAGGGCAGGGUGGGGAAGUUCAGGAGCCGACAGGACCAACAGGUAAGUUACACCCUCUAUUGUGAGUGUGGGCGGUCCUAACUCUACCUGGCCAAUUCCCUUGGCAACACGCCCCCCCAGCCAGGAUUGGCUGAUUGACAGGGCUAGGUGGGAACCUCUAGGUAUCCAGCUGGGGGGGCAGCACAGCCAACUACCUUGCUGGGGGUCUAGUUGUCCCUGGCUGGGCUGCGUGUGACCAUGCAAAAGCAGUCCCCCAGUUAAUGCAGGGAGCGGUCAUUCUAGCUCUUGGGCAGUAGCAGAUGGCCUGGUGAGGUGGCAGCACUCACCUGACCUCCAGUCAAUUGUGUUGUUGUUGCUUACUGGGAACUAGAGGGUGAGGAGGCUGUGCUCCCGGUCAGAGGCAGUAUGCUUUUGAAUACCAGAUGCUAGAAACCAGAGGAGCGGAGAGUGCGCUUGUGCUUGGGUUCUGCUUGUGGGUUUCUCAGAGGCAUCUGGUUGGCCACUGUGAGAACAGGAUGCUGGACUAGAUGGGCCAUUGACCCGAUCCAGCGGGGCUGUUGUUAUGGUGGUUGCCGAGAUGCAAAUGCACCAGUGGAGCCAAUCCACCACUCCUGCCAGUGUAUUUGCACUAUGUUGACCUUGCCACCACCUGGCCGCUCCCUCUUUACCGCUCGGUAAGCAGCCGCAACAUGACUCAACAGAGGUCAGGUGAGAGCCACAACCCAACCAUGCCGUCUGCUGCUUGGUUUGGAAGCAUCUGUUGCUUCAUAAUUUAUUUUCUGCCUUUGAAUUUCUUCUUGUUUUCUUUGUGUUUCAUUGCAUCAUUUCCUCUUAGCAAAGUGAUAGCAAACUUUCUAGUCAGCAACAGGCUGUGACUCAGGGGCAGAAUCCAUUGCCUAUCUACCUGGCCCUCAAUGUCAAGAAGGACACCCAGAGCACUUGUGAAUUUAAAGGUAAGCAACUCAACAAUCUUGAAACCAUGUCAGGGGGCUUCAGUGUGUAAGUAGUUCAGAACAGCAGCCAAAAUGAAGACUUACUCAAAGUAGGCCCACUGAAAUGAAUGAAUGUGACUAAGUUAGGUCCAUUCAUUUCAAUGGUUCUGCUCUGUACAAACCUUUCCUGAAUUUCACCCAAAGAGAGCAAUUCUGUCUUCAUCAUUCUCCUCUCAAACUUCCUCCUGAUUUUAGGCAUUGGGGUAUAUUUUUCUCCACUUCUCUUCUCUCAUUCUGCUUAUAGAAUGGUGUGAAUUCUCCCCAUAUGAGGUUGGAUUUUCUAAGUACGGGGCCUUCAUUUGCCCAGAGGAUUUUGGAAGUGAUUUCUUCAUGGGACGACUAAUAAACAAGAGACCAGAGUCUCGGAUCUGCUAUUUGGAAGGUGACUUAAUUUUGAUUUGAGGAAAGUUAUCUUUUGGUGAGAAAAAUUGCCAAACUGAGUCCCAAUCUUGCCAAAUUCAAUAUUAGUAUUACCAUAGUAAGUGUAGCUUGUUAUCAAAAAUCUGUAACUCUCUCUUGAGCAUUGAGCUGAUACAGUGCUGUAGAUGUGGGAAAUUCUAAAACAUGCAAGAAGAAAAAACAGCUCAGACCCUCCCCUGUAUUCUCCUUCCAUGUCUAUCUAACUAUGUUGGACAAUCACACACACACACACACACACAGCACACAUAGAGAGAGCCCUGCUUCCUCCUGCUCUCCAUCCUCGACAGGGUCUAUAUCUGACAGUAGAUGUUUCUUCAUUUUUUUCCUGCUAGUUAAUGGGCUGCCUCUGCAACACAGCUGCCUGCCUGAACCAUCCUCUAAAUCAGAGCUUUCCAAACUGUGUGUUGCAACACGUUUGUGUGUUGGCUGCAGUGUGUAGGUGUGUUGCACAAAUGCUCCCCAUGCUCUUCCCAGAGCUGGAAGGGGAUUAGUUUAACCUCUGGCUUUCUAGUAAAAUUGAAUGUGUCAUGAAAUGAUGCAUGUCUAAAAAGUGUGUCACCAAUAUGAAAAGUUUGGAAAGCUCUGCUCUAAAUGAAGCAGGAGACCUCCAGAUUAGCUGCUGCAAAGUUCCACAGAAUCAUAGCAUUGUAAGAGUUCUCAAAACCCAUCUAGUCCAACUUACAAGUGAUGCAGAAAACCCUUUAAGUCAGCCUUUCAAAAACUGAUCCUUUGGAAGUUCAGUCCCUUAAUUUCUCAGCUAAAUGCUGCUUCCAGCUGAUUGCAGAGUAGCAAAGCCUUAGCUGCACCAAAAAGGACAAGUGUGGAAAGAACAUGUAGGAAGUAGUGGCCUGUUGAAAUUGUAGCAAAAACCUUCCACCAAAUAAUCCUGCACAUUGCAGGCCUGUUCGCUUUUUAUUAGACUUAUAACUCCUAUCUUGAAAGCACAAAGUAGGUAACAGCUGAAGGCAAAGGUCCACCAAGAUACUAUCACCUAACUAAUCCAAAUCUCUCAUUUCAUAUCAGCUCAGCACCAUCUAAGUCAGAGGUUUCCAAAUGUUUGGGGGUUGCAAACCCCUUCGUUCCAUAAAUACAUCCCCAGUGCCCCCUAUGCUUUAAAAAGCAUUAUUCAAAAUAGCAGUUUGCAUGAUCCACUAAGGAAGAUUACCAAACAACAAAAUUCAAAACAGUAACAAAAAAUUACACAUUUAUUCAAAAUCCAACUAAAACUACUUAGCUUAAUUAAUUCAACAAAAUUGAUGAAACUCAUCCAGUGAUACCAACUUUUCAAAGUCUGAUAGUCAUGUACACCUCUGCCACUCCCUUGCCUCUUAUUGACACCCUAGGUAACCCCACUGCCCCCCAGUGUGUGGUACUGCUCAUUUUGGCAAUCACAUAUCUAAGAAAUAGUGCCAGUAAAAUGAUGGGGAAUGGGGAGAGAACAGGGCUGCCAGAUCUGCUCUCAUUUUCAUGUCCAAAGCUCACACAGAUGUAGGGAUUUCUGGGGCUGUAGUAAGAUUCGAAUUUAAAUACAUCAACCUACUUCACAGAAACUGAGAAACAAGCAGGAACUGAGAAACAAGCAGGGCUGAUCCAUGCUUCUUUAAUUAGCCUCCAGAUAACCAGGUGAGUUCUUAGGGAUUGAGAAUGACAAAGAGAGGUGCUGAAAGUCUUCAUUUUGAAUAUGUUUACAUUUACAGGCAUUUGGAGUAACAUAUUUUCCUUGAAUUUGAAGGAUGUUCACCACUUAUACAAAUCCUGGCAGUGGCCUUUCCCAGACCAAGAAAAGGAUGAAGGUAAGAAGUGGCCUGGGUAAUUUCUGUUAGUUCAGUGGCAUUUUUUCAACAGAGAAGGAACUGAAGAAUAAAAUGCAUCACUGUGCAGAUACAGCAGAGAAUCUGCAAAGCAGAUGAUCAUAAUCUGAACAUUGUAGCUAAUUUGUGAGUUUUACCCAUCCAUCUCUGUGGGGUUGUUUUUCACACAUAUACCUGAUUUCUCUGCCUGACUUACUAGGAAAGCACAUGCUACUUUAAAUGGUUUUGAUUACAUUUAAAGUCUUUGGCUGCAAUCCAUAGAAAUGUGUGUGUUAGUGUGAUUGUGCAGGUGUGCAUGUCACAUCUAAUGCACAAAGCAUUGCUGCAAGUGUGAAAUACAUUGAGUGCAAACAAAUGGACUAUCUGGAUUGGAUGUAAGAGUAGAUCAGAACCAUAAUUUCUAUUCUAACCAUUUAUUUAUUUAUUUAUUUAUUUAUUUUAAAGCUCAGAAUCCGCCUUCUUCAGAAGCUAUGCCAUCUGCCCAGGUUCUGUGUGGCAGCAUAAAGAAGGGAGGUUUGAUUGCACAUAAAAGAUGUCCAAACCUCACAAAUGACUACUUUGACCAGUAAACAGCUAGUGCACAUAGUGUUGUUGUUAGUUUUUGAGCAUCAGAAUUUAGAAUUUCUCAUAGUAUGUGCUUUUUGCUGUUUCUUCAAGAUAAAGGCAACAGGGCUUCUAUAAAUCAGCUCUCUCCAUGUCACACAGCUUGUUUCAUUCCACCAAUGAACAGAUCCAGCAUCUUCAAUGGAAUUCUGA